UUUGUAACUUGUAAGUCUUCAUGUGAUUUUUCCUUCUUUGGAUAUUAACCAUUUUGUUCAUCUUUCAUUUUGAUAAAUUUCAUUUCUUUCCAACGUUUUUUUUUUUUUUUUGGAAUAUAUCCAUGUUUCUUGAAUUUGUUCAUGCAUUUCUUGAUAUCCAUGCAAACAUUCACAAGACAAAAAAGACAAACACCCUUUGAAAGCAUCUUUAUUUUGACAAUUUUCAACAUCUUUUUAGGCUGUUUACUUGUAAUUUGUAGUAGUUUUGAUGGGUUUUUUUCUUCUUUUGAGAUAAUUAAAACUCAUAUUUCCUUCUUGUUUGAUAGAUUAUAGUAGUUCAUGCAUUUCUUGAAAUGAAUAUGCAAAUAUUGAAAGGUGAAAAAAGAUUUGAUCUUUACCCAAUAUUUGGUUUAUGUCUAUGAGUGUUUUUUGUUAAACAUUUUGCCAACAUCUUGAAAAAAGAUUUGAUCUUUAACAAACAAUGGAUACUUGUUGUUAACACUUUGUGACAUCCUUUUAGUGGAAAUGAUUUGAUCUCUAACAAACAAUUGGUUUUCAUUAUUAUGGUUACUACUUCUUGCUAACUAACACUUUCCUUUUAGGGUAAACCAAAAAAAGUUGGUCUCUAUUUCAAUGUCUCUUUCUUGUUAGCAAGGGGUGGACGGACCUAGUGGGGGGUUCCCGGGAACUCAGUAACUUUCAAAGUUUCAAUGGCUACUUCUUGUUUCAAUCCAUUUAGGCUACGAAGAUCGAGGAGCAAACCGUUAUCAGUUCCAUCAUCGUCAUCAAGAACACAAUGGAAUUCAUCUAGUACUAUAGAUACAAUGGAGAAGAAGAGGUUUGAUAGUUUAGAAUCAUGGUCAAUGAUAUUGGAAUCUGAUAAUGUUGAAACUUGGGAAACUUCAAAAGAAGAUCAAAAAGAAGAAUGGACAGCUGAUUUAUCACAGCUUUUUAUUGGUAACAAGUUUGCAUCAGGUGCACAUAGCAGGAUUUAUAGAGGGAUUUACAAGCAAAGAGCAGUUGCUGUCAAAAUGGUGAGGAUUCCAACUCAUAAGGAGGAGACUAGAGCUAAACUUGAACAACAGUUCAAGUCUGAAGUUGCUUUGCUUUCUAGACUCUAUCAUCCCAAUAUAGUUCAGUUCAUCGCGGCGUGUAGGAAGCCUCCUGUAUAUUGUAUCAUCACGGAAUACAUGUCACAAGGAACUCUGAGGAUGUACCUCAACAAGAAAGAGCCAUAUUCACUCUCAACAGAAACAAUUCUGAGGUUAGCCCUCGAUAUAUCGCGAGGAAUGGAGUACCUUCAUUCACAAGGGGUGAUCCAUAGAGACCUGAAAUCGAGUAAUUUACUCUUAAAUGAUGAGAUGCGCGUUAAGGUCGGAGAUUUUGGCACGUCAUGUCUUGAAACACAGUGUAGAGAGGCCAAAGGUAAUAUGGGAACAUAUCGAUGGAUGGCACCGGAGAUGAUCAAGGAGAAAGCUUAUACGCGGAAAGUUGAUGUUUACAGUUUUGGUAUUGUGCUGUGGGAACUCACAACAGCUUUGUUACCAUUUCAAGGAAUGACACCGGUGCAGGCUGCUUUUGCUGUUGCCGAAAAGCAUUACAAGGAACAAGCCAUUGUCAGCAUAAAGAUCCAUUCCGGAGCAUCUUGCUCGAGAGGUGAGGACUGGCCGAGAUCAUAGAACGGAACAAAUUUGCCUCCCACCGGCUAAUGUGGGACUUAACACUCCCCCGCACACCCCAGACUGGACAUCUAGAGAGUAGAGGAUGGUCAGCUUGACUCUGAUCACGUUGACGAGAUGGAUAUUAGACCUAACUUUAUACCAAAAGCUAACUCUAGAGGUGAAGCAGCGGAGUGGAGCAGCCGCGAUACUUCCUUACCUUAGCUGGAUCUCUCUGGUGCCUCGUGCACUUGUCCCAAUUGGAAGAAUGAGUGAUCUGUUUCCCCGCGCAUCAUGGUCCAUGACCACAUAAGGAAACAGAUUUACCUCCCACCCAUCGAUAUGGGACUCAACAUCUUUAGCAUCAUCGUCACUUGCACUUUACUGUAAAUUUUGGAUGAUAGUAACAAUAUAAGCGGGAGCUUUAGUGCACCGGGCUGCCCUUUUAGUAGCAAUAUAACCAUCAUUGAUUGAUUAAUCAUCGCUGUUUUGCAGAAUGAACGACCACCCAUGCCAGCAAGUUGUCAACCCGCGCUUGCACAACUUAUAAAGCGUUGCUGGGCUGCUAACCCAUCGAAAAGGCCAGACUUCACCUACAUUGUAUCUGCACUAGAAAAAUACGACGAAUGUGUCAAGGAAGGCCUUCCAAUGACCCUUCAUUCAGGGCUAGUUAGCCGGAACGCCAUUCUUGAACGUUUGAAAGGUUGUGUAUCAAUGAGUUCUUCUUCAUCUAUACCUGUAAAUGUAUGAAUAUCUUUUAUCAAUCAAUAAUAAUUCUGUUUCA